GGAAAGCGGAACCAAAAACCGGAACCCGGGUGUUUCCCAAAUCUUCACUUCCUGUUGUGUUUUUCUGCUUUUCAAACCAGGAAGAUGGAUUUGUUGUCGAACAAAUGGAUUGUAUAUUUGGCGUUAUGUCUGUUUGUCGCUGGUAUCAGUUGUAAUUCAGUGGAAAACAAAAUUUACGUGAAGCUCAACUACACUGUGCCAUGUGUGCGACUUCUUAAUUCAACCCAUCAAAUAGGCUGCCAGUCAUCUUUGUCAGGCGAUGUUGGAGUUCUCCAUGUACUUGAGUCAGAAGAAAACCUGGACUUUGUGCUUCGUAAUGGCCACAAUCCUCCUUACAUGGUCAUCAUGGAGUCUUCCCUCUUUACCAGAUCCGUCAUGAUGAAGCUGAAGAACGGCUCCAGCAGGGUGGCCGGCGUCGCUGUGGUGGAGCCCACCUCCAACCCACCGGACGGCUUCUCCCCUCACACUCGCUGUCCCAACGAGAACACAGGUGUGUACUCAGAGAACUACGGCCCAGGUCUGGCCCACUGCAACACCACAAAGUGGAAUCCCCUCGGCAACGGUUUAUCCUAUGAGGAGUUCGACUUUCCCAUCUUCUCUAUGAAAGACGACAAUGACACACAGCUCAUACGGCAGUGCUACAUGGAUCACAACCGUCCCGUGAAUGGCAGCGACCCUCAGUACCCUCUCUGCGCCAUGCAGCUUUCCUCCCACAUGUCCGCCGUCACCAACACACCCACCUGCAUGAGGAGAAACAGCAUCAGCUUUAGCAUGAGUAAUGGUCAGCCUGACAUGGUGUGUGAUCCUUUGAGUGACCACAAUAUUUGGGCCCCUAGUAAACCUUUGAACACCACACAAAACGGCCACAAGCUAAAUGAGAGCGUGAUCAUCGUAUCAGCCAGGCUCGACAGCAGGUCCUUUUUCUCUGAGAUCGGCCCCGGGGCGGAGAGCGCGGCCUCGGGCCUCGUCACCCUGCUGGCGGCGGCUCACGCUCUACGAAACGCCACGCAGGACGCUCAGCUGCACCGAACCAUCUUCUACACUUUCUUCCACGGGGAAACGUUUGACUACAUCGGCAGUUCGAAAAUGGUUUACGAUAUGGAGAAAAAUCAGUUCCCGAUCGAUCUGGACAACGUUCACUCUGUGCUGGAGAUUGGACAGGUGGGAUUGCAUUCCAGCUCCAGCCUCUGGCUCCACACCGAUCCGGUCUCUAUGAGGAAUAGCAGCGUUCAGGAAGAGAAACACACUUUUCUCUCAGACAACGACACGGUGAACUUCUACAUCAGUGUGGAGCAGCAGGCCAGCUUACCGACUAUUCUGGUCAAGUACCUGUUGGCCAACCUGACUGGGACCGUCGUCAACGUGACGCAGGAAAACUGCAGGAAUCAGAAAGAGAGCGAAGACGACAAGGAGAGCAAGCAUUUGUAUAAAUACUUCUGGGUUCCGGGCGCAGCACCGCCUAACAGUACGGAGCGAGACGGAUUCUGCGUCCGCUCCACGGUGCAUUUGUCCAAGGCCAUAUCCCCGGCCUUCGAGCUGGAGAACUACACCACCAGCGAGUAUUCGACAUGGACAGAGUCCAGGUGGAAGGAAAUCAAAGGACGCAUAUUCCUCGUGGCCAGCCACGACCUGGAGAUGCUGACGCUCGGCGUGGGGAUCGGCGUGCUGCUCUCCUCCCUCCUGCUGACCUACAUCAUGAGCUCCAAGGCUGACAUCCUCUUCAGCUCAGGGAGGGAGCCUACUAGCGCCACCUACUGAUCCACAGGGCGUCGUCUCCGGCCCGUCACCACUACACUCCUCCUCCUGCUACUACAAUAACCGCUAGUACUACUUCUGUCCCACGCAGACUUUAAAACUCAGCAAGCGAAGGUACACAGACGGCUUCGCCUCGGCUGAACGCGGGGCGCCGGUUCUGACUCCGUGUUCAUGGACUCGCUCAGGUGAGGCUUGACGUCAGGACCGGAUGGAUCUGGACUCUUCAGGAACAGGAAACACUGGUCAGGCACCAGCGGCGCCCUGUCAGUGGACAAGAUGUUUAUAUUUCUCUGGAUUUUUUUUUUUUUUUUUUGGUUUUCACCUUUUUAAUGUCAAGGAAUGUUUUUGUUUACUGUGUCACGGGACCGGCACUAAACAGUGAGUGUGUGAGAAGCUGCCUGAUUGAUUUAGAGUCAUUUUGAGUGUGUGUGUGUGUGUGUGUGUGUGAACUUUGGGGAUUGCAAUGGUAUGUGCAAUACUUUAGCCGUCUUCUGUGUAAAUGUAGUUAAAUUAUCAGCUGUAAUGAUUCAAGAACCACUUUUCAAGCCAAUGAUCCAUUGGUAAAAAUCAAAUUUAUGCUUUAAACUGACCUAGAAAGGAUGAUGUUAGGACAUUUAUACUGUUUAUGCCACUACAUGUGCGUGUAGUGAUUUAUUUCUUUUAACAUUCGAAGGGGAGAAGAUCUUGAUUCAGCUGGAAAAAAUCUGGAAAUUUUGAGUUUUGAUACUGAAAAUGUUCCUGGUACUUUUGCUCUGUGCUCCCUUGAAUUCCUUUUUUUUUUUUUCCAACAAUCUUAGAAUAACUUUUUGGAGAUUUUGACCAUUUUGUAGAUGAAAUGCCUGGAAUAAAACAUGCAUUGUGAGAUCUUGAAGACAAAAAAAUAAAUAAAUAAAACAUUUGCUUUUUAAAAAAA